AUGCCACAUCAGGAUGCAAAGGGUUUUGGUCAGCAGUGCAAGAAGAAGAAGAAGAAGAAGAAGAAGAAGAAGAAGAAGAAGAAGUGGAAAGUGCUUCAUAAUGGUAGCCUCUGGAUUCAAAAUGCUCUUCCAGAGGACAGGGGUUAUUACACAUGUGAGGCAAGAAAUGAAAUUGGAAUGGCACUGAACAAAGUUAUUUACAUAACAGUACAUGUACCUGCAAGAUUUUCCUCUUCUCUCCAGAAUGUGACAGCAAUCAAAGGUGGUACAGCAGCAAUAGACUGUGUCGCUAGAGGUGACAAACCAAUCUCUAUAAAAUGGUUUCAUAGUGGCACCCCUUUUGAAACACAUCUUCAGCCAAGAGCUGAAAUAAGUGAAGAAAGUUUAGAAUUUGGUAGUCACUCAAGAAUAACACUGAAGAAUGUUCUUCGGAGUGAUACCUCAGCAUUCACAUGUUUCGCAAAAAACCAGUAUGGCAGUGAUGAGUCAGAUAUCUGGGUUAUAGUUCAGGAAGUUCCUGAAGCACCAGCAAAUGUUCACGUGCAAAACUACACAAGCAGAGCUGUUAAUCUGACAUGGGAACAACCAUAUGAUGGAAAUAGCCCAAUCACUGUUUACACAGUCCAGUACAAGAAAAAACUAGUGGCAUGGGAGGAGAAAGUAUCUCAGAUAACUGUUCCUGGAGAUCAGUUGUUUGCUACCAUUAGUGGACUACAGCCAGCUAGCAGCUAUCAUUUUAGAAUUGUGGCAAGAAAUUCUCUUGGGCCCUCAAAUGCUAGUAAUGAUAUUAUGGUCACUACAGCUGAGGAAGCUCCUGAAGGACCACCACAAGACAUCAGUGUCAGAGCUUUUGACUCAGAGAGCUUGUCUGUAAGCUGGAAGGAACCUAUUCGUGAACUUCAGCAUGGAGAAAUAAUUGGAUAUUAUAUUGGUUACCGAAUGAGUAACUCUACUGAGCCAUUCCAGUAUAAAACAUAUGAAGUGAUACCAGAUGCUGAAAUGAAAAUAAUCAUCUCAGGCCUCCACAAGUUUACCCAAUAUGCAAUAUUUACUCAAGCAUAUAACAGUGCGGGUGCAGGACCACAGAGUGCAGAGAUAUUAGUCUUCACAGAUGAAGAUGUUCCAGACUCACCUCCAAGAGAUGUUCAUUGCACCAGUGUAUCUUCACAAAGCAUCCUCUUGACCUGGCUGGAAAUUGCUGUUAAUAAUGUCAAUGGUGUCCUGCUGGGGUACAAGGUCACAUACAGGACAGUUUCUGAAUGGGAUGAGGCUUCAUCUCAGUCUGAAUCUUCCACUGAAGAAUGCAAAAUGGAGUUAGUUGGGCUUCAAAAAUAUUGUAACUAUAGCAUGGAAGUGAGAGCUUACACCAGAGUGGGGGAUGGUGUUUCAAGCAGACCUGUCUUCUGUAGAACACAGGAGGAUGUCCCUGAUAAGCCUGAAGACAUUAAAGCACUGGCUGCUAAUGCAAAAACAUUGCUAAUUUCUUGGAAAAAGCCAAAAUCUCCAAAUGGAAUAAUAAAAAGAUACAAUUUAUACAUGAGGUCCCUGGAUGGUGCACAUCUGUUGAAAGAAGAAUAUGAAAUACCUCCAAGCCAGACACACUACUUUGUGUCACAUCUUGUUCCACACCAUCGAUAUGAAUUCUGGGUGACUGCAGCCACAAUGGUUGGGGAGAGCCAACCCAGUCUGCAUGUGAUACAGGCACCAUCAGAGCAAGUGCCAGCAAAGAUUGCCUCAUUUGGUGACCAUGUGGUGGGUGCCAGAGGGGAAGAACUUGCCCUGCCAUGUCUUACUGUUGGGCUUCCUCAGCCCACAAUAAUAUGGAAGAAGGGGGGGAAAAAUAUCCAGGAAAAUGGUCAGAUUCGCAUCAACACAGAAUGGACUCUUCACAUGAUGUCACUACAAACAACAGAUGCAGGAAAUUAUUCUUGUAGAGUAGAAAACGUACUGGGAACUGAUGAAAUAACAUACACUGUCACAGUGAAAACCCGAAGGAGUCAUGGUGCCCCACUUGCUCCAGUUGAUUUUAAAGUGUCUUCUGCUACGGAAACCAGCAUGUUACUUCAGUGGACAACACCCGGCAAUAGUAUAUAUGUGCCCGAAGGUUAUAGCUUACAUUUCAAACGAGAAUUUGGUGAAUGGGAAAAAAUGAUUCUGCAUGCUGAAGACAACCACUUUAAUCUAGAGAACCUCCAGUGUGGCUCAAAGUAUCAGCUUUAUAUUCAGGCUUUCAAUCAAGCUGGACACAGCAACCCCACAGAUACUCUGUUUGCUUACACACAAGGAAAAGCUCCAGUUGCUCCAAACAAAGAUGAAUUUUUGGUAAUAAAUUCUACUUUUAUACAUCUAAAUGUAAGGACAUGGGACACUGGAGGAUGUCCUAUAACAACACUGGUAGUAGAAUAUAAACUGAAAUCUGACAAGAAAUGGACACUCGUCACGAAUAAUUUGAAGUACACAGAAGAGAAAUUUUCUAUUCUUGAUCUUAAUCCUGAGACAGAGUACCAGCUGCGAAUUACUGCGCACAAUAGUGCAGGCUCAACUGUAUCCCUAUAUGAUUUCAUAACAUCUUUCAGUGCCGGAGAAAUUGUUCAACCAGAGCUCAUUAGACAUAGAGGUUAUAGGAGUAAGAAUUUCUAUAAAGAACUUGGCGCCAUAAUUCCCAUCACUGUUGUUGCAUUAACUGGGAUUAUUUGUGGAAUAGGAAUGUUGCUGUAUUUUAGACGAAGGAAACAGAAUAACACAGGUGUCAAGUGUGAAGGCAUGAAUGUUCACGAUACAACUGCCACACCUGAAAACAAAGGAGAUUACUUGAGUAGUGACAUCCCACUGGACCAGAAGUCCGGACACUCUUCUGUGAUGCCAGAGAUAACUGCAAAAGUCAACCCAUAUGCCACAUUUAGACUAACAGAUGAAGAGAAAAUGGAUUCCUUGAUACCUGAUUAUGAAAGUUGCAGUGAAUACAUGAAGAUAAAGAAGAAAGUGGAGAGUGAAGCUGAGGACGUUGACUGGAUACCACUGCACAGUCUUUACCAGGCUCACAGAUACUGAGUUUCAAACAUUCACGAAUGAUAUGAAAUGUUGAGAUGAAAGCCGUUUAAAGACAGGAAACUAAGUGCCUUAUUCUCAUAACUGUUAUGCAGAAGCAUUGAUGUGCAACAAAUAUUUGCAUGUU